AUGGCCAGCCAGCUUCAGACAUAUCCACUUUGCCUAGCACAUUGUCAUGCUGCAAACCCGCCCAGUACUGCAAGUCAACCACAAUGUCUCACUUUCAUUGUGCACCCUGUUGGAAAUGAACCAAUUACUUUGAAUAUCAAUUUCAAGACCGAAUAUGGUCACGUCGAGUCAAGGGCAGUGCAUAGCACCUUAUCUACGACCAUCAUGCCUUCAAGUCAGGAUGAUUCUGAGACUGAGCCAGAGUCUGAGCCCGAUGUUGCCGAGACGCAUAAGUCCACUGGAGUGUCUCCCAUACUGCAACAGCAAGCAAAUGAACUGUCGAUUUGGCACUCCACAACUUGUCUGCAACACAAGACAGAUGAACCUUCCAGUCCAGUCAAGCGCCUGUGGACAGAAGACUAUGGACUGACUUGUGGAACGAGUUGGCGUCAGUAA